AUGGACCACGCGCACAUGGACCACUCGCACAUGAACCACGCCGGGAUGGACCACGGCGGCGGCGGCCACGGCGGCAUGGACGACAUGUGCAGCAUGAGCAUGCUCUUCACCUGGGACACGACCAACCUCUGCAUCGUCUUCCGCCAGUGGCACAUCCGCUCCACCGCCUCCCUCAUCGUCUCCCUCCUCGCCGUCGUCCUCCUCGCCAUGGGCUACGAGGCCCUGCGCUCCCUCUCCCGCGCCUACGAGGCGAGCCUCGCCAAGCGCAUCUCCGCCAUGCCCAGGCAACUCCAGGACGAGACGGCCCGCCGGGGCCACAUCGUCAAGGCCGUCCUCUACGCGCUGCAGAACUUUUACGCCUUUAUGCUCAUGCUUGUGUUCAUGACGUACAACGGCUGGGUCAUGAUUGCCGUGUCGCUGGGCGCCUUCUUCGGAUAUCUGGUGUUUGGGCAGACGACUUCGGCGACAAAGGACAAUGCGUGUCACUAG